ACCUCCCCUACGCCCCUGCCGGCGCCCUUUCCGCGCCCUCCCGCGCCGAGGGAAGGGAGGCUGGCUUCCAGGUCGAGGGCUUCCCUGCUCCCCCGCCCGACGGUGCUUUGCGGCAGCCGUCAAGCGCGACUCCGGGCGGUGGGCGGAGGCCGAGGGGCUGCCAUGGCGGCUGGUAUCCGGCGACGAAGCUCCGGGGCCCUAUGGGCGCUGCUCUUCGCUGGGCUCGCGCUGGUCGGGGUCGGGCCUACUCCGGCCCGAGCGCUCCACAACGUCACGGCCGAGCUCUUUGGAGCCGAGGCCUGGGGCACACUGGCGGCCUUCGGGGACCUCAACUCCGACAAGCAGACGGACCUCUUCGUGCUGCGGGAAAGAAAUGAGUUAAUGAUCUUUUUGGCAGACCAGAAUGCACCUUAUUUUAAACCUAAAGUACAGUUAUCCUUAAAGACUUACAGUACAUUGAUAACAAGUGUUGUUCCUGGGGAUUAUGAUGGAGAUUCACAAAUGGAUGUUCUUCUAACAUAUCUUCCCAAAAAUCAUGCCAACAAUGAAUUAGGAGCUGUUAUAUUCUGGGGACGAAAUCAAACAUUAGAUUCUAACAAUAUGACUAUACUCAAUAGGACUUUCCAAGAUCAACCACUAAUUAUGGACUUUAAUGGUGAUCUAAUUCCUGAUGUGUUUGGUAUCACUAAUGAAUCCAGCCAGCCACAGAUACUGUUAGGAGGAAAUUUAUCAUGGCAUCCUGCAUUGACUACUAAAAGUAGAAUGCGAGUUCCACAUUCUCAUGCAUUUAUUGAUCUGAAUGAAGAUUUUACAGCAGAUUUAUUCCUCACAACAUUGUCUGAAUCUAAUACUUUCCAGUUUGAGAUAUGUGAAAAUUUGGAUGGAAACUUCUCUCAGUGUAAUACCCUUGAAACGCCUAAAAAUUUGAUGUUGGUUGGACAGUCAGCUUUUGCAGACUUUGAUGGAGAUGGAUACAUGGAUCACUUACUGCCGGGCUGUGAGGAUAAAAACUGCCAGAAAAGCACCAUAUAUUUAAUGAGAUCCAAAACAAAACAGUGGGUUCCAGUCCUGCAAGAUUUCCACAAUAGGGGCACACUCUGGGGCUUUGUGCCCUUUGUACAGGAAGAACAGCCAGCAGCAAUACCCAUUCCAAUUACACUUCACAUUGGAGACUACAACAUGGAUGGCUAUCCUGACGCUCUUGCCAUACUGAAGAAUACAUCUGGGAGCAAUCAACAGGCCUUCUUACUGGAGAAUGUACCCUGCAAUAAUGUAAGCUGUGAGGAGGUGCACCGGAUGUUCAAAGUCUACUGGGAGCUGACAGACUUAAAUUUAAUCAGAGAUGCCAUGGUUGCCACCUUUUUUGACAUUUAUGAAGAUGGAAUUUUGGACAUAAUAAUAUUAAGUAAAGGAUAUACAAAGAAUGAUUUUGCCAUUCAUACACUAAAAAAUAACUUUGAAGCAGAUGCUUAUUUUGUUAAAGUCAUUGUUCUUAGUGGUCUGUGUUCUAAUGAUUGUCCUCGUAAGAUAACACCAUUCGGAGUAAAUCAGCCUGGACCCUAUAUCAUGUAUACAACUGUAGAUGCAAAUGGAUACCUAAAAAAUGGCUCAGCGGCACAGCUCAGCCAGUCGGCACACUUAGCUCUUCAGCUUCCAUACAGCGUGCUUGGCUUAGGUCGAAGUGCAAAUUUUCUUGACCAUCUUCUUGUUGGCAUUCCUCGCCCAUCUGGGGAGAAGUCAGUGAGAAAACAAGAGUGGACAGCAAUCAUUCCAAAUUCCCAGCUGAUUGUCAUUCCGUAUCCACACAACACCCCUCGAAGCUGGAGUGCCAAACUAUAUCUGACACCAAGUAACAUUGUUCUACUCACGGCUAUAGCUCUUGUUGGGGUCUGUGUUUUCAUCUUGGCAAUCAUUGGCAUUCUCCAUUGGCAAGAAAAGAAAGCAGAUGAUAGAGAAAAGAGACAAGAAGCCCAUCGGUUUCAUUUUGAUGCCAUGUGACCUGGCAAUAAAUGAUGGAACUCCUGCUACUCUGAUUAACUCAAAUAUUAAUUUUCACUGCUAAAGAGAAAUAGGGGGGUUAAAUGUUAUUUAUAAAUGAUUCAGCCCUUGGAAAUUAUUAGAAUGUAUUAAAAUAAACAUGUCUGAAUGUCUUACAAGGUCCUUUGUUUAAAGCACUUUGUAUACAGUCAUUUGGGUUCUUGAUUGAAUAGUACUGUGUUUUUGUUCCUUUGUGAAAUGUGUUGCAUGAAUACAUGAGGUCUGUGUAUUUAUUAUCUUAUUAGAGUAAUCAUGAUGGAAAAGACUUGUAAAUAAAAUAUUUAAAUGA